AUGGAGUGCUAUCACGCUAAUACCCAUUUCACAGAUGUUGACACUAAGCUACAGAGAGAUAAUGAAGCAGGCGCAUCCAUUUGUGAGUCUGGAUUUGACAGUGGCCAAACGAAGGAGCAGGACAUGAGUCGUCGGUGUCAGGCGCCCUGGUACGAGCGAUUCGUGCAGCCCUGUCUGGUAGAGCUGCUGGGCUCAGCCCUCUUCAUCUUCAUCGGGUGCCUGUCCGUUAUCCAGGCUGAUGCGUACACUGGAGUGCUGGGGCCGGCGCUGGCCCACGGGCUGGCGUUGGGCCUCAUCAUCGCCACGCUGGGCAAUAUUAGUGGCGGUCACUUCAACCCUGCAGUGUCCCUGGCGGCUAUGCUGAGUGGAGGACUCAACCUGGUGCUGCUUCUUCCCUAUUGGAUCUCCCAGCUCUGUGGGGGACUGAUAGGGGCUGCUUUGGCCAAGGCAGUGAGUAGCGAGGAAAGUUUUCGGAACACUUCGGGGGCAGCCUUUGUGACAGUCCAGGAGCAAAGGCAGGUGGCAGGGGCUGUGGUGGCAGAGCUCAUCAUGACAACACUUCUGGCUCUGGCUGUGUGCAUGGGCGCCAUCAACGAGAAGACCAAGGGCCCUCUGGCCCCUUUCUCCAUCGGCUUCUCUGUCAUCGUGGAUAUCCUGGCUGGGGGCGCCGUGUCUGGAGCCUGCAUGAACCCUGCUCGUGCCUUUGGACCUGCCGUGGUUGCCAACUACUGGGACUAUCACUGGAUCUACUGGGUGGGCCCGCUCUUGGCCGGCCUGUUUGUAGGAUUUAUCAUCAGGUUCUUCAUUGGAGAUGAGAAAACUCGUCUAAUCCUAAAAGGACGGUGA